CGCAGGAUCAAUCAGUGUGGUUGGGUGCGUUCCGGUCAGGAUCAGGGACAUACCAGCGGAAUCAUGGCUCUUCGGCCACGAAGCCGACAGAUCAAACGCGCCGUGAGGAUCCCGCCCGCUGAUUGGUCGAUCCGCCUGCUAGCGCGUGAUUCCAACACCCUCCCCGCGCUCUUCCCUCUGCUAUACAAAUAUCGACCGUCCCAAGCCCUUCCACAACUCUUCUUUCCCCUCCAUCUAUCUCAUCUGUCAUCCACUCAUCCAUCCAAACUCCUCUACUCCACAUUUUCAACCUAAUUCAACUCUACUUUAAUUCACAUCUAUCAUCAUGACUGGCCGUGGAAAAGGUGGCAAGGGUCUUGGAAAGGGUGGCGCCAAGCGUCACCGCAAGAUUUUGCGUGACAACAUCCAGGGUAUCACCAAGCCCGCUAUCCGCCGUCUCGCACGCCGUGGUGGUGUCAAGCGUAUCUCUGCCAUGAUCUACGAGGAGACCCGUGGUGUCCUCAAGACCUUCCUCGAGGGUGUCAUCCGUGAUGCCGUCACCUACACUGAGCACGCCAAGAGAAAGACCGUCACCUCCCUGGACGUCGUCUACGCUCUCAAGAGACAAGGACGUACUCUCUACGGUUUCGGUGGUUAAACGUUUUCUUUUUGCUUUCUCUUUUUUUCAAUUAGCCAUCCUGCGCGGUCGACGCGUC